CAAGAAAACAGACAAACUUUUCAGUUAACAAUAGUGAAGAGGCCGGCAUUGCGCCAGAGAAAAAAGCGGGAAAACCAACUAGGCAUGUUCGCUUUGCAGAGACUGUCGACGCAGAUCAGCCACGUAGCAUGUCAAACGAAGAUUGCGAAAAACCAUGGUUGGCAGAUAUCCCGGAAGAAAACGCGUGCGAAUCUCACGCAUCACCCUACAUUUCCAAUACAAUUCGACCCAGCCAUCAGUCAGACCGUCCGGCGAGUCCUAUAGAAAGCUGCUUCGAUUUGGAUGAAACGCCUACUUCCCCAAUAGGGUUUCCCGAUUACCAAAAACUUUUUGGCAACCCGAUUCGAUCAUUAUUCACGAAUGAAGAGCUCCCGUCUCCCACUCAAGACAAUAGUUUUCUUAAAAAUAAUAAUCCCCUCGGUGACCUAUCCGAUCCUGUCGUCAAUCAAAUGAAAGGUGCAGCGUUACCAUUACCGAUAGAAGAUCCUCGUAUCGUUUAUCAAACGUCACUCUUGCGAUCCAGACUUACCAGCCUGGAGCGCGAAAUAGCAAACUACCGACGCGAAACCGAUGCCGUACGUCGGGCAAGGAAAGAACAUGACGAAUCGAAACAAAAGUUGGAACAGGAACAAGAAAAAUUUAAGCGAUACGCAGAAAACGAAAAGCGAAGACUGCAGUUGCUGUAUAGCGAAGAACAAAAGAGAGUGCGAAUAGAACAACUUAAAGAUCUUCCUCAACUAAAAGAAAACGAGGAGCAAUUAAGCAGGUUAAGGGAAGAGUUGAAACAAACAAAGGAAGAACAUCGACAGAAAGAAAAUAAAUGGAUGGCAAACCAAACCAAGGUUCAGGAAAAGAUACGCACGCUUGAAAUUCGAAACCGCGAAUUAACUGAGAAUCUUGAAAAAUUGCGUACAGAAGAGCAAAAUUUACGACGUCGUCUAAAUGCUAGUCUUCGACCUGGGGCUUUGGCGAAAAAUUCAAAAUCUGAUAAACCACUCCCUGUAGUAACAGAAGAAAGUGGACCUGAACCUCAGCCGCAGAGUCCACAGGUGGCUUUGGUUAUUUCUAACGAAGCCAUUCCAUCGCCUCGAAAUGCCCAGAAAGAACCAAAUAAAGUCGGUGAAACAGUUAAUCCCAAAAAAAUGGAAGAAAUCUGCGCCACGAAUUCCAGUCCAGGAUCUGGAACUGUUUCUCAAACUGUAUUACCGGACGGAACCAAGCUAGUGCUCUACCCCAAUGGCAAUCGUAAAGAAAUCUGGCCGGAUGGCAGAGGAACCCAAGUCGUCUACUACAACGGUGACAUUAAACAGAAGUUGGCUGAUGGAAGCGUAGUAUACACCUAUGCAGAUAGCGGGACGAAACAUACAACCAAGCCAGAUGGAACAGACAUUCUAGAAUUUUCAAGCGGACAGAUAGAGACUACCUAUCCAGAUGGCCGAUCUCAUGUCUUGUAUCCUGGAGGUGCACAGAAGACGAAAUAUCCCGAUGGACGAGAGGAUUCUCAGUUGCCUGAUGGCACAAAGCUAUGGACGGAUGGCAAAGGACAUGGCGUUAUGACCUUUCCUUCUGGCAUUCGAGAAAUCUACACACCAAUUUGCAAGAAGUUUUCUAACGUGAAUUCAGUUAUGCAUCCACGCAAUCCUUACCGAAUUGCUCCAGACUUCAAGGAACUGGCACUCAAAUUCCCAGAGUUUCGCAAAUACGCAAAGCAGAAACUGUCAGGAAAAAUCGAAAUUGAUUUCAAGGAUGCAGCUGCAGUCAGAGCUCUGUCCACUGUUCUUCUAAAGCGAGAUUUUAAUCUUGAAGUGGAAUUGCCUCCUGAUAGAUUAGUUCCAACUCUUCCAUUACGCCUUAACUACUUACUGUGGGUUGAAGAUUUACUACAAUCAGUCAAACCAACUACAGAACAAUUGGUACAUGGGAUUGAUAUUGGGACUGGGGCAUGCUGUAUCUACCCCAUACUUGCAGCUAGAAUGAAAGGAUGGCAUUUUACUGCCACUGAAACAGAUGAAGUAAACUACAAGUGCUCUGUGGAUACAUUGGAGCGUAAUUGUUUACAAACUCAUGUGACAGUCAUAAAAGUAUCUGCUGAAUCCAUGCUACAUGGAAACAUUGACACCACCAAACAGUAUGACUUUACAAUGUGUAACCCACCCUUCUUUGACAGUGAUAGUUUUGGACCCAAAUCAAGAAGUGAAAAAAGGCCUUUACCAAUGUGUCCCAAAUCUGGUGGGUCUACCUCUGCCACUGAAAUCGCUGUGAAAGGUGGUGAGGUUAAGUUUAUAGAAAAUCUCAUUAAAGAGUGUCAUGAAUUAAAGCCUUGUGUGAGAUUAUUUACCACUAUGGUAGGCCACAAAUCAAGUCUAGUUCCAAUAAAAGCUCUUCUGAAGGAGGCAGGUGCCUGUUCUUGGAAUGAAACUGAAUUCUGCCAAGGCCGCACUACUCGUUGGGGUUUGGCCUGGACUUUCUGUGAUAACAUAGUGCUCGCUAACUCACCCCAAAGUCGGCGGAAAAAUAACGCAAAAGGACCACCUCCUUUAAACUACUCCAUUUCCCGCGAGCGGUGGAGCUCUAAAGGAGAAUUCAGCGUUGCCUGCGUUCUCCUCAAAAGUGUAGAGCUUUUAAAUUCUUUAAAAAUGGAGAUCAGGAAAGUAAAAGAAAAGAAGAACAGAAAAGCUGUUGAGUUCAUCGCAAAGGAAAAUACAUGGUCGAAUCAACGUAGGAGGCAACGAGAAGAAAAACGCAUCUCAAAUCAAGCUUCGGAACAGCCCGAACCGAAGAAAGCUAAAAUUGAUGUAGAUAUCCCUGAAGAGCAAAACAGUCACAAGUUUUGCUUAAAAGGAUUACUUCUUGUGGAGGAAACAGAUGCAAAUUUAAUUUCCUUACAAAUGCAGUGGAUCGAAGGAGGUUUGGGUAGAGAAUCGAUGAAUCAAAUCUUACAGUAUAUGAAGAACCAUUUAUUUGAAAAAUAAAACGUAUAUUUUUCUUCGCAAA